CUAAAAGUAGGAUUUGAAAGCUGCCAGUCAGCUAUUUGAAAGUGUGGGGAGCGUGCAAUAAGAAUCACAAUUCAACCUACGAACUGAGAUAGGUAUCGAUGUUGCAGUUAGUUUUCAUCCGUUUGCUUCUUGUUGUGCUUCAUAUUUUCGGGGAAAAUCCCCUGCUCGGCACUCGGCGAUCGAAUGAAGAAGGCUGCCUCCAGAUCAGAAUGCACAGCUGCACUGAAAUUAUCGCGGUACGAGAGCCAGGAGGUGCCGCAUGCUCUACGUAUAUCGCCAAACCACUGCUUGUAAGCCCAAGAGAUCCCCGUGACGUCGGUGAUCAUCUGAGCCGAUUUGAAUAUUCGUGGAUACUUCUGGUGCAGUGUCACUACUGUUGCUCACGAGUCUCGUUGGGCGAUCGGAUGCGAGGUAGCCGCGGUUGCGUAUGGCAUGUGCCGGGAUGCUGGAGACAUGCUUACUUAUAUGGUUUCAAGGAUCGAAGGCGCUCGGAGAUGCAUUGUCUUGACAUGGAUAAGCAUCUUUAGCCUUUAGGAAUGUCCAAAUCACCAAGUAUAAACAUAUCAGGCCACCACAUGCAGCGAUGUGUUUUGCAUCGAGAGAUGAUAUUUGCCAAAGCGAAUAGCAUGGGCGUUAACUUGAACCAAGCAAUUCUUCUCGGUACAGAGCACCUAAUAGGUGAGUAAUAACCUGUGCAAAGUGCUGUGAGCAGACACGAAUAGAAAGCUCUUGACGAAAGCCUGGGAAGGGAGUGCUCUUGAGUCUUAUAAUAUACUAUACUGUGAUUCAGUACUCGCUCGAUCACCCUCGGGUGAACUGCGAGAAUUUUG